GACAAAAAUAUUCAUUGUUGAGGGAAUGAAAACUUUUUGUCAGUGGAGAAAGACACGUAGAAAGUUUCGACCAGAAUACACAAAGAAGCAUUCCCCACCACUCUGAUCUGCUGCAGUGCUGGUGCCUGAUUGCCGGAGGAUCAUGGAGUCGGAGAGACGAUCGCACGGGGAGUCAUCGGACGCAGGUGCAUCGCCAGGUGGUGAUCGAGAUCAAGAUAGACCGUCGCAGUCAACGCCUGAGUUCUCCUGUCACAUUUGCCUUGAGACAGCAAACGAUCCCGUCGUCAGUCGCUGCGGCCAUUUAUUCUGCUGGCCUUGUAUACAUAGGUGGAUGGAGACCGAGCGAGGAAACCAAUGUCCCGUCUGCAAGGCUGGAAUCAGUGAAGAAAACGUCGUGCCCAUCUAUCUGGGUGGCAGGACGGCAGAUAAUGAUGACCCGAGAAAGCGUGCCCCACCUCGACCGCAAGGACAACGACCAGCUCCCGACCCGAACCAUGCCGGUGCUGAUGGCGGUCUGUUUGGUGGUGGCGGCAACAAUGGAUUCCACUUUUCGCUGGGAUUUGGAGCGUUCCCGUUUUUCGGCCUUCACGCUACGCAAAAUUUCGGAAAUCCAUUCGCCGCGCAUCAUCAUCCGCAGCAGCAUGCACAACAUCUUCACAAUGAUCCUGACUCGGUAGCGCAGCGAGCCUUUCUCAUCUUGGGCGUCCUAUGCGUACUGUGGUUACUGCUGUGAUGCUAAGGGCGACGUGGUCCGAGGGGUUGUACAGUCGCCAUGGUUACUCCCGCACAAUCAUACUCUGCCCGGCGCGGAGGUGUGGAGUUUGUUGCCAAAGGCGACGUUUCACGCGGAUUUGCGUUGGCACAGGUUAGGACGAUGCGUCACCCGGCCCUUUGCUGGUCAUGUGAUUGUCUUUUAGGCGCCCCGCUCUACUGUUUGUGCUAACGUGCUCCGCCCAGCACUUGUUUAGCCGCUUGCAGUGUUGAUUGCGUACCCUGUGUGUGAGCCAGGAGUUGCAACGCAUUGCCUGGUUGGGCUGUCUGUCAACCUCUCUUCGUUGUGUCUGGUACAUUUUUGAAGACUCUACGUCCCACGAUCAUAUUGACACGCUGCCAAUGGUGACCGAAGUCUUCAUUGAUGACAUCACAAGUCACGUGAUCUUGACCAUGAUAGUCAAGGUGUAUGCAGAGUUGUCACAUGACUUCAUACUACUGCUAUCAAGCAUGUCAGUGAUGAUGUCACUGGUGAUGUCAUAUAUGAGGUCACCGGGGAACAUCCACUAACGAAUCAUUGUCUUAUGUCUUCCUGAUCUGUCUAUGAAACUCAUUCCCCUCAGCGCGGAUAGCAUUUUUUUAGCUUACGUGCAUUUCUUUCGGUUGUGUGUGUGUGUGUGUGUGUGUGUGUGUGUGUGUGUGUGUGUGUGUGUGUGUGUGUGUGCGUGCGUGUGUGCGCGCAUGCCUGUAUGUCUGUGUGGGUGGAUCCGCGCUUGCAGAAAUUAGUACUACAUACAACGAGACGAUCGUGUCUCUCAUCUUUUCUGUACAGUAUUUUCUAUUUGACAAUAAUUUUGCUGUCACAUUUCACUGCUCGGCCAGUUUUAUUUGAACUUCACCUUUUAUCUCCUAUACCUCUGAUUGCAGAACCUGUAUUUACAUCGGUAUUGCUGCCACCGGACUAGCUAUAUUUCCCCUACCCAUAUUGAAAAACCACUCUCACAUUCACAAGCCAUCUUCUAAUGUCUUCUAGCCAUGGUGCUCUCUCCUGCUGCCGCUUUUUACUUACUCUUUGUUUGCUGCUCUGUGCCAUUGAACGCACGUGUGUGCAGUGGAAUAUCCGAAUAGCUCUUGUAAAUUGA